AAUGACUUGAUCGGAUUCGACGAUCAAAGAUUUGCCUUUUCUUUCGCUCUUGAGGACUUUGACGAUCGAACAUCUCGGCUAACAUCGACACAGGCAGCUGUUUUUCUGCAUGCAUACCAUCAACCAGGUCUUCGGUCUGAAUGGUUCUCUCUGUAAUAACUGGACACGGUGUCUGGAUACGUGCAUUUUUUGUCUCGAUCUCUGUGGCUACCUCAGCGUCUAUCUGUUCAGGUUGAGCCGUCUGUGAAAUCUGAUCCAUUGUCGGUAAGGAUUCCGUUUGACAGGGUGCAUCCAUAAGAUGCGACAUCGCUGUCAUCACUUCCUCGUCGGUCACUUCGACAAUCGUUGUUUGAGCUUCAGCGUUGAUUAGUUGAGAGGCUUCGGUCUGUACUUCCUGUUCCUGACUUUCACUCUUCAGCUCUUCCGUUUGACACGAGCUAUGUUCCACCAGUGUUUCCAUGGUCUGCUCCGUUUUGUCUGACCUUCAUCAGCAAUUUUUAGCAGUAAAUCAAUCGAUACAGAUUAAAAAAGUAAAGACGAACAUUUCUAAACCAUCAGUCUGGACUUCUUCUUCGUGCAUCACAACGAUAGGAAUUUCGUUGGCUUCUUCCAUUAAUAUCUGUUUUUGUACCAUCUGUUCAAGUUCUUGUGGUGGCUCUUCAUUCUCCUUAUUUUCUUGAAUUGUAA